AUGGGUGACGCUGUGAUCAACGGUACCUCCCGAAUGGGACUGACUCUUCAAGGUUACGAUCAAGCCAUUGCUCUUUCGCAAACCAACAUCAACCAAACCCUAAAGAGGUAUUCCACGAUUGAUGAGGCCGCUAUGGCUAACUUUAAGGCCGUCCUCGGUCCUGAAACCGAUCCCGACUACACAUCGGAACUAUUGAGCCGCCAACUAUUGAGCUCAUUGAUGCUGACAAGGCCGACCAGGCAAUCUACACCAUCAAGUUCAAAACAAAACUCAAAGUACACUUAUUGGGGCGUCGAUCCGAGCAACAGGCGAGGCUUACCCAAAAGUUUGAAUAGUCAGCCGAAGGUUCGACGCUGGUCUUCUUUGUCAACUUCGGGCUGCAAUGGUGCGAGCAACCGCCGAUCUGAUCGAUUUCAACUGGAUCCAGUCAAAAUUUCCCGGCCUCGACGAUCCGACUGCACAGCUCAAUACCAAGACAAAGAUGCCGGACUUUAUCAACCAGUGGCUUAUGUAGCUAAAGUCUGCCGCACCCGGCAAGUCGCACAAUGUGCUUGGGUACUCCGUCAAGCUCGACCCACAUGCGACCAAUCCCGCGAGCAACUGCUGGCAAAGAUUGGCAACGUGCCGCCUUCGUUUCCCCCCACCAAAGCUCAGUUCCAGACUAUUGGCAACAAACCCAGCGCAGAUGCGGAAGGCGAUCCUCCAGAUCCCUACAAUGCAUUCCUCUUUACCGAAAUGUGUGGCGUCCCCGGCAUUACCACUCCGUGGGCGCUGCCGCAAAAUGAUCUCCAAUGGAGCGACAAUUGGUUCUAUGGCGUCAUCGUCGGCAGCCUAGCCAUGUCGAGCACCAUCUUUUUGAGAGAAUUCGUCGGCAAGUUCGUAGAGCCCAUCCACAAGGACUACUCUGCCUUUGACGAUACUCUGGCAAGCGGCAAAUCUGGGAUGCCGAUGUUCGGAUAA